AUGUGCCUACAGCAAUGCUCCCCAGGUUGGAUUUUGGAGUGGUGGUGGCAAAAGCGGCUUCAGGUGCCGGUGUUUUACGAAUGGUCUAAACAUAGCGUGCAAGGUGUUAGCUUAUUGCGACGGUAUAUCAAUGUGCCUACACCAAUGUUUUCAAUAGCAGUUCCAGCAGUAGUCGUUGCGGUUCCCGAUUCGGGAACUGGAGUGCUGCGAAUUGUCUAA